AUGAAAAGACUUUUGGCUCUUCACGGCGUGGGUUCAUCCUCGGAUAUCCUACGAGUCCAAUUAAACCCUGUCAUCAGAGCCUUGGAACACGAAUAUGAGAUAGUUUUCUUCGACGGUGCCUUCACACGAGAACGCGGCCCGGGCAUGGCCUCGCACUACCCUGGACCCUUCUAUUCAUACACUACUGGAUAUUCUCCGAGUGACAUACGUGUCGCUCUUGAUGACCUUGACAACAUGAUGCAAGAUUGCGGUCCAUUUGAUGGUGUCAUCGGUUUCAGCCAAGGUGCCUCUCUGGCCGCUUCCUACAUCCUUGAUCAUCAGUCGCGAUGGUUCUCUCCGGACGCACAGUACUGUCUGCCAAUGAUUGAGUAUCUCAUUACAGAGAAAUACGACGCCAUGUCCGACUUCCCAGACCACAUAUCGACGAAACUUCCGCGACAGCAGCAAGGCUUUGUCGACUACCUAGCCACCACGUUCAACAUUGCCCGCAAGAUCGGAGCCACUACGCCCGAUUAUGACAUUGCCUUCUUCAAGCACCGCCAGGCGGACAAGGUGCCUCGACUCCUCCACCCAUCGUUGACUGAGGCGCGAAUCAGGAUGCCGACUGUGCACUACACGGGAGAGCGAGACCACUCUGCCAUGGUGGAGCAGUCCCUCGUGGUCAUGAGUAUGUGCGACCGCAACACGGCAAGGGUUUUUCAGCAUUCUGGGGGUCAUGCUGUGCCUGCGAAGCCCGAUGAAGUAAAACGACUGGUUCGGGACAUUGAGUGGGCAGCGGCAGAAAGCAGCAGCCAGCAGGCGCUGCACAGGGCCCUCGGAGUGAAGCCGCGAAGUAUGUUUUGA